GCGGGGCUUCCCCGCGGCGCUCCCGGGUAGGAGGCGGGCGACUUCCGGCAAUAAAGCCCGAGGCUCCGCCGUCAGGUGCGCUCUGGGCGUUCGUGCGCCAGGUGGGGUCGCGGCCGCUGGCGCGUCAGGAGAACUAUGCCAUUUUUGGGUCAGGACUGGAGGUCUCCUGGAUGGAGUUGGAUUAAGACAGAAGACGGGUGGAAAAGAUGUGAAUCCUGGAGUCAGGAACUUGAAGGAGAGAAUAACCAGUGUCACAUCAGCCACGGCCUUAUCUUAAAUAGUGAAGGUGAAGAAAUUUUCAAUAAUGAAGAGCGUGGAUAUGCAUCCAAAAAGAGGAAAAAGGACCAUUUUAGAAAUGACACAAAUACUCAGUGUUUUUAUCGUGAAAAAUGGAUCUAUGUCCAUAAAGAAAGCACAAGAGAAAGACACGGCUACUGUACUUUGGGAGAAGCUUUUAAUCGCUUAGACUUCUCAAGUGCCAUUCAGGACAUCCGAAGAUUCAGUUACGUAGUCAGACUGCUGCAGCUGAUCGCAAAGUCCCAGCUGACCUCACUAAGUGGUGUAGCCCAGAAGAACUACUUCAACGUUCUGCAUAAAAUCGUUCAGAAGGUUCUCGAUGACCACCAGAACCCUCGCCUAAUCAAAGAUCUUCUCCAAGACCUAAGCUCUACCCUUUGCGUUCUGAUCAGGGGAGAGGGGAAGUCCGUUCUGGUGGGAAACAUCAACAUCUGGAUUUGCCGAUUAGAGACGAUUCUCGGCUGGCAGCAGCAGCUGCAGAAUCUUCAGAUGACCGAGCAGGUGGACAGCGGCCUGACGCUCAGUGACCUUCCCGUCAACAUGCUCAGCAACAUCCUGUACAGGUUCUCGGACGGGUGGGACAUCGUCACUCUGGGCCAGGUGACCCCGACGCUGUCCGCGCUCAGCGAGGACCGGCAGCUGUGGAAGAAGCUGUGCCAGUACCACUUCGGCGAGAAGCAGUUUUGUAGACACUUGAUCCUUUCAGAAAAAGGUCACAUCGAGUGGAAGCUGAUGUACUUCGCGCUGCGGAAACACUACCCCGCCAGGGAGCAGUACGGGGACACCCUGCACUUCUGCCGGCACUGCAGCAUCCUCUUUUGGAAGGACUGCCGCCUUGCUUUAUUACUCGAGGACUCGGGCCACCCCUGCACGGCCGCCGACCCCGACAGCUGCUUCGUGCCCGUGUCCCCGCAGCACUUCAUCGACCUCUUCAAGUUCUAAGGGCCCUGCGCCCCACCGUGGCCUGGGCAGUGGCUGGUAGGACACGUCCUCUGUGACCGAGCUGUGACCUGGUGCCCACGCUGGAGAGGACGUGGAAGGAUGUGGGAAACUGUGCCGGCACCUGCAGGCAGGAGCACCUGUUGUUUCCACCUUUGAAAUGGGGUCGGGAACCCAAGUAAAAUCAUUUCUACUUCCUUCUUUAAAAAAUUCUUUUCUUCUAAGCACAUUAAAAUGUGCAGCUUUGCAUAUUUGUUAAUAUGAGUCAAAAAACGUCUGUAUUUUCAGCACAUCCUAUGCUGAACUGACACUAACAGCCAAGAAUAUGCUUCUUAAUUGUCAAAUGAGUUUCCUGAUUUUGUAGUGAUUGGAGGUAAGGACAGAUCAUUGAUCCUUGUAAAGGACAUUGUGCAGAAUAUUUAUUUUUCUUGGGAUGUAUUUUAACUGUAUUGGUUGUGUCCACGUGAAUCCUCUUGGAUGCGGAAGGAACCCGGGGAAGUAUGUGCAUGUCUUCUGGGUGCUCAGCAGUGGGUUGUGAAUUGUGCAGACGACUGAGACCCACAGAGGCGUGAGUUCGGGGCUGUGGUCCUGGGCUCGUGGCCUGACACUGGUAGGCAGGGCCCUGACCUGGGGGCCAGCCCAGUGUGGCCUGUGCUGUACUGCUCUGAACCCCCUUUUGCAGGCAAAGUAAUAAAUCAUGUGUAUCUACCAAUUUUAACUUUGUCAGUUUUGCAUCUUACUGAAAAAAGUAGUAUCAAUGAUUUUGAUAUUGUUUAUUGAAACCUUUCAAAGAUUGUUUUAUUUUAAAAAUAUUGCAUGUACAUUUUAGAAAAUUUUGAAAAUAAAUGUUUCUAGAAGAAUAA